AUGAGCUGCGGUCUUUUGACGGAGAAAAACGAGCCAGCUGUAUUUGUGAUGUUGUGCUGUAUUUGUGAUGUUAUUUAGCUGUAUUUGUGAUGUUGUGCUGUGUUUGUGUCAGUUCCUCUGAAGAGCAUCUCAGUGGAGGUUCGGGUUCAGGAUCAUGUCGCCUCAGUCUCCUCCACUCUGCAGUAUGUGAAUGAGGAGCAGCGCCCCCUGGAGGCCUUGUUCGUCUUCCCUCUGCCUGCUGAUGCUGCUGUUUGCCACUUCAGUGCCAAGAUCGGAGAGCAGGAGAUUGUGGCAGAGCUUCAAGACAAAGAGACUGCGAGGGAUCAGUAUGAUGAUGCUGUGAGUUCAGGACAGCAGGCGUUUCUGUUGGAAGAGAGCGCAGAGAAUCCUGAUGUGUUCAAACUGAGUGUUGGGUGUCUGUCGCCGGGUCAGAACGCUGCCGUCACCAUCAUCUACGUCAUUGAGCUCGCUGUGCAGGCCGACCAAUCACUGCACUUCUGUCUGCCGGCUGUUCUCAACCCCAGAUACACACCAGAAGGUUCAGGUGCUGGUAUAGUGUCAGAGAUUUCAUCAGUAUGUGGAGCAGUUCCCUACACUCUGACUCUCAGUGUCCAUGUGAGCUCUCCAAAGCCCAUCUCCAAACUAGAGUCCAACUGCACUCUGGAUCCUCUAGUGUUCCUUUGCUCUGACCACACUGAGGCUAAGGUGAAUCUGAGUCCUGGUCACAUGUUUGAUAGGGAUGUUGAGCUGUUUCUGUACUAUCAGGACACCCAUCAGCCCUCUGCUGUAGUGGAGGCAGGAGUGGCCACUGCACCAUCAGGUUCUCUAAUGAAGGAUCCAGUGGUCAUGAUAAGUUUGUACCCAGAGUUCCCAGAGGAAAUGAUGUCAUCAUUGAAAGAUCAAGGCGAGUUUGUUUUUGUGAUGGACAGAUCAGGCAGUAUGGACUGCAUGAUGCAUCGUGGAAUAGGAGCACAGAAAUGUAUUGAAAGUGCAAAGGACACUCUGCUCUUACUGUUAAAGAGUCUGCCCAUGGGAUGCUACUUCAACAUCUAUGGAUUUGGAUCUCGUUUUGAGUCUUUCUUCCCUAAAAGUGUCGAGUACAACCAGAACAAAAUGGAUCAAGCUCUUAAAAAAGUAAAGAAAAUGCGAGCAGACAUGGGCGGCACAGAGAUUUUACAGCCUCUAAAGCACAUCUACAGUCAGCCCUGUAUCCCUGAACACCCUAGACAGCUGUUCAUCUUCACUGAUGGAGAAGUAGAAAACACUAAAGAGGUGCUGGAUCUGGUGAAAAGUCACGCUCCCUCUCACAGGUGUUUCUCGUUUGGGAUUGGUGAAGGUGCGAGUACCGCCCUCAUCACAGGAUUGGCCAGAGAGGGAUCUGGUCACGCUCAGUUCAUCACAGGCAGCGAGCGCAUGCAGCCCAAAGUGAUGGAGUCCCUCAGGUUUGCUCUUCAGACUGCUGUGUCUAAUAUCUCUGUGAAGUGGAGACUUCCAAAGCAUGUUACUGCUGAAACAGUUUCUCCACCCAUCAAUGUGCUCUUCCAGGGUCAAAGGACUCUCAUUUAUGCCCAGCUUAAAGGAAAGAUUUCAGGAGACUCUGAGGGAUCAGUGACAGUCGAAUACAGUCUUGAAGGUCAACCAGUGACAAACCAGCUGCACUUCUGCAUCAAACCAACUGAGGAAACAGGGUUGGUCAUCCAUCGGCUGGCGGCUCGAACCCUGAUCCGUUCUCUGGAGCAGAAGGAAAGGUCAUGUGAUGGAGAUGUUGAAGGUAUCAGGAACAGUAUAGUGGAGCUCAGUGUUCAGGCAGGAGUGAGCAGUGUUCAUACAGCCUUCGUUGGCAUUAAUAAAGAGACCAAACAGACUGUGAAAGGACCCCUGCAGCAGAGAAGAGUGCCGACAUACGGUUUGCAAGUAUCAAGUGUGCAGAUACAAGAUUUGAUUGAGGGAGGUUACAUGGUGGCUCCAGAUCAAAUACAAGAAAUGUCCUAUCAUUGCUCCUACAUUGCUCCGAGAUCUCCGAACUGGCUUGAACGUCUGGUUUUCAGAGACCAUAAACCGACUGCACCUGAGCAGAAGAUUGGAUUUAUGACAAAGGUCCAGAAUUUCUUCAGUCGCGGCGUUAAGACUGACACUGUCCAGUGUGGAGAGACAAACUCUCAAAGCCAGAAUGAUGUCAUAGAUGCGAGUGAAAUACCUGCGGUGUCAAGUCCUGAGGCAGCUGCUUCUGAGCUCCAGCAAGACCUGUUACUCCCGCUGGUUUCCCUUCAGAAGGCCUCGGGCUACUGGGAACUUGACGCUGCAUUGGCUUCUGUGUUUGGGAAGACUAAGGAUGAGCUGACCAAUCAGAAACCAGCACAGGUGGAUGGGUCAGUGUGGGCCACUCUCCUGGCUCUGAUCUGGUUGUACGGCUGGAGGAAAGAGCAGCAGGUGGAGUGGCAGUUUGUGGCCAGGAAGGCAGCGGCGUGGAUCGCCUCUCAGAAAGUGGGCGAUCUGUCUCAGUGUGUGUGUGUGGGUAAUGUCCUGCUCGGAUGUCAGGUCACCAAAGACACUCUGGGGAUCUGAAGAUAUCACUGUUUCUGCAUAAUGUGCCAUA